AUGCAUGCCCUCUCUGGAUUCUCCCUGGUCAGCCUGCUCAGCUUGGGCUACCUGUCCUGGGAUUGGGCCAAGCCCGGCCUCGUGGCCGAUGGGCCUGCGGAAGCCAGCGAUCAGCCUUCGGCGGCUCCACCGCAGCCUCCUCACAUCAUCUUCAUCCUCACCGAUGACCAAGGGUACCACGACGUGGGCUACCACGGCUCAGAUAUCGAGACCCCAACGCUGGACCGGUUGGCAGCUGAGGGUGUCAAGCUCGAGAACUAUUACAUCCAACCCAUAUGCACACCUUCUCGGAGCCAGCUACUCACUGGCAGGUACCAGAUCCACACAGGAUUGCAACACUCCAUCAUCCGCCCGCGGCAGCCCAACUGCCUGCCCCUGGACCAGGUCACACUGCCCCAGAAGCUGCAGGAAGCAGGAUACUCCACCCACAUGGUGGGCAAGUGGCAUCUGGGCUUCUACAGGAAGGAGUGUUUGCCUACCCGCAGGGGCUUUGACACCUUCUUGGGCUCCCUCACAGGCAAUGUGGACUAUUACACCUAUGACAACUGUGACGGCCCAGGGGUCUGUGGCUUCGACCUGCAUGAAGGCGAGAGCGUGGCUUGGGGCCUCAGCGGCCAGUACUCCACCCUGCUCUAUGCUCAGCGUGCCAGCCACAUCCUUGCCAGCCACAGCCCUCAGAAACCCCUGUUCCUCUACGUGGCCUUCCAAGCAGUACACACGCCCCUACAGUCACCUCGAGAGUACCUGUACCGCUAUCGCACGAUGGGCAAUGUAGCUCGGCGCAAGUACGCAGCCAUGGUGACUUGCAUGGACGAGGCUGUUCGCAACAUCACCUGGGCCCUCAAGCGCUAUGGUUUCUAUAACAACAGCGUCAUUAUCUUCUCCAGUGACAACGGUGGCCAGACUUUCUCAGGAGGUAGCAACUGGCCCCUUCGAGGACGCAAGGGUACUUACUGGGAAGGUGGUGUGAGGGGCCUGGGUUUUGUUCACAGCCCCCUGCUCAAGAAAAAGAGACGGACGAGCCGGGCCCUGGUGCAUAUCACAGACUGGUACCCAACACUGGUGGGUCUGGCCGGUGGUACUACAUCGGCAGCUGACAGACUAGAUGGUUAUGAUGUGUGGCCAGCCAUUAGCGAGGGCCAGGCCUCACCACGUACGGAGAUCCUACACAACAUCGACCCCCUCUACAACCAUGCCCAGUAUGGUUCCUUGGAAGGUGGAUUUGGCAUCUGGAAUACAGCUGUUCAGGCUGCUAUCCGGGUGGGAGAGUGGAAGCUGCUCACUGGAGACCCAGGCUAUGGUGACUGGAUUCCACCGCAGACACUGGCCUCCUUCCCUGGCAGCUGGUGGAACCUAGAGCGGAUGGCCAGCAUCCGCCAGGCUGUGUGGCUCUUUAACAUCAGUGCUGACCCUUAUGAACGAGAGGACCUGGCUGGCCAGCGCCCUGACGUCGUCCGCACCCUGCUGGCUCGCCUUGCUGAUUAUAACCGGACUGCCAUCCCUGUGCGUUACCCAGCUGCGAACCCUCGGGCCCAUCCUGACUUUAAUGGGGGUGCUUGGGGACCAUGGGCCACGGAUGAGGAAGAAGAGGAGGAGGAGGAGGAAGGCAGGGCUCGAAGUUUUUCCCGGGGUCGCCGCAAGAAGAAAUGCAAGAUUUGCAAGCUUCGAUCUUUUUUCCGUAAACUCAAUACCAGGCUGAUGUCCCACCGGAUCUGAUGGCUGGAGGUGGCAGGGAAUCUCAGCUCCUCCUCAGAUACUGUCCUGUUGCUGCUUCUCAGGGAGAAGGCCGAGGUCAAGUCUCAUCUGCAGGCAUGUGGAGGGAGGGCACAGAAAGGGCUGAAUCAUGUGGGGCUUGGGGGAGGGCACCAACCUGGCUGGGAUGCCUGGAUCCCAGUCCUGCCUCUCUCCUGAUGUGUUUAUUCUGUGACCUAAGGUUACCUAUAGCAGCCUUCUGCCUCAGUCUCCUCUCCUCCAAGACGAGCUCUGGUAACUUUAUGGCUCCAGUGUAUACCUAUGACUGGGCUCAUGGCAGAGUUCCUUGCUGAUCUUGCCCCCUUCCUUCC